UUCAGAACAAAACGAUAGUCAAAGAAGUAGAAUUUGGAAUGUGCACAGUCACAUGUGGUGUUGGUAUCAGAGAAGUUAUUUUAACCAAUGGAUGCCCUGGAGGUGAAUCCAAGUGUAUUGUUCGUGUGGAAGAAUGCCGUGGACCUGUUGAUUGCGGCUGGGGAAAACCACUUUCUGAAAGUCUUGAAAGUGUUAGACUGGCAUGUGUUCAUAUAUCUCCUGUAAAUCGUUUCAAAUAUAUGUGGAAGGUUCUAAAACCAGACCAACAACCUGUUAUACUUGCAAAUGAUUCAGCAGUCCUAGAAGUACAAAGAGAACUUCAUCCCAUGGCUUUCGAGUGUGACACCCUGGAUAAUAAUGAAAUAGUCGCCUCUAUUAAGUUCACAGUCUAUACAACAAAUGAACUGCAGAUGAGAAGAACAAGCAGACCAGACACUGAUGCAGUCUUAGUAUUUGUGCUGACCAUAGGAGUCAUUAUCUGCAUAUUUGUGAUCUUCGUAUUGAUCUUCAUCAUCAUAAAUUGGGCGGCAGUGAAAUCCUUCUGGGGAGUGAAAGCCUCAACUACUGAGAUACACUCGGAGAUGAGUUCUAUGAGGUACAAAGAUUCGACUUCUCUUGAACAGUCACCAACAGAUAUGCCUGGACAUGAAGAUGACGCUUUAAGUGAAUGGAAUGAAUGA